CCACUGUGGUGAACGGUGCGUACCUGUUGACGUAAGUGUGAACCCCACCAACCACGUACUCGCUCAGCUAAUAUGCCCCUGUUGCACCAGCCACAACAGUCGAUUGCCCUGAGUCGAGGGGCCCACUGCAUCUGAUGACUUCUUCACAAUUUUGGACGAGACCAGUCAGCCCCACAAGAUGUCCGUUUUUCGGAUGCUUUGUUGCAUCCCACUUGCUUAUGGACAAUCUGAAGCGAAGCGCUCCAAUCUGCGAACCUUGAGGGAAAUCCUACUCUACCUUGACGAGGCUGAUGAGGAGCAGCAAAGAGAUAUUAAUCUAUUCAUAUACCAAUUGUUGACACAGCUGGCAGCCACUGAAUCAACCGGCCGUGCUUCCGACUCCGUCAGGAGUCCUUUCAACGCCCCACUCAUUGAUCGACAUGCUUUGAGUGCUUUUCGGGAAGCGGUAAAACGCCUCGUCAGUCAUCCGCCUACCAGAGCUACUGACCAGCCCACAGAUCAAGCACACAGUCUUUCCAGUUCUUCACCUACUCGAACCAAUGACUUUGCAGACACCUUGCCACCAUGGACUUCGGUCAAGUCGGAUUCGGUUUUUCGUCAUAACAUCAUCAUUGAAAUGCUCUCGCGGUGCCCGUUGGCUUUGCUGGAAUUGUUGUUCCAAAUGGAAAGUGUCAAGUCAUGGAACGAACUUCUUGCAGCCUCCAACUUGACCAACUACGUCGCAUUAGAAUUGCCCACUCCAUGUACUAGUUCAUACGGUGGUCAGGUACGCAUUGCCUCAUGGAACUUGAACCGCUUUACACUGGCUAAGGCACGCCACCCAGGCUUUCGCGAGGUCUUAUGCUUGACUAUUUUACGCAGCAAAAUUUCUCUGAUGGUGCUGCAGGAAGUCGCCAGCGUCGAUGUUGCGGAUGUGCUGUGUGCCGAACUCAACUCACCCACUUUGCCACAUGUUCGAAAAUGGGCGCAUGAUCACCCGCCUUGGUGUGUACCCAAAUGGAAGGUGGCUAGUUCAACACAGGCCGUCGGAUCCAUGUUCGCUGGUCGGGAAUAUGCCUUAUUUCUGUACAACGAAAACGCGGGUGUUUGCAUUAGUCGUACAAGCUUAAUGGAGCCACCCACAGUUGCCAAGUCCUUGAAAGUGUUUUCUCGAAGUCCAUGUCCGGCACUUUGUAAGAUCCGGUCCGCUCGACUGAUACUCGUCUCAGUUCAUUUGAAGGCCAGAGGGCUACGGAAUAGUAGAAUUGGCCGCACCGCUGCUGAGGUUCAAGCCCUGGAAACAGUCGUGCAGGCUUUUUAUGAUACACAGAGUCCACAAUCACACCUCGUGAUUCUUGGUGAUUUCAACUUAAAUCCGGAGCAUGAAGCUUUCAGUCGCUUGCGUGAACGUGGUUUUCAGUCUGUUUUAAAUGGAUAUCAAGCGACAACCCCGCAGUCAAAUCUCAAGGAUCAGUCCGACUCUCCAUCCUCCACUCUGUGUCCCACUGCCUAUGACAAUGCUUGGAUUUCUCCCAGUUUGAUUUCUGUUGAUACCACGGACUCUUCAUACACCGGAAACUCUGGCGUUAUAACUAGCGGCCUCAGACAUCCCCUUAUUCCCGGUGACAUCGGUGCUGGCGCUAAUGGUUUUAUAAGCGACCAUUGCCCAAUAUGGUUUGAUCUCCGUUUUAGCUGAUCAAUAUUCUUCUCUAUUUUUUUAAUGCAUAUUCGAAUUUCUUUGGACAACAGAGGACUAAAAAUUGUUACGUUUCGUGUAUUUUUCAUGUAAAACUUCACAAACGUGAGAAAAGUCUCUAAACGAUUUAACUUUAGUCUUCUAAACCCAUACCAAAAAGUUGGUCACUUUCGAACCAAUUUACACUGGUCUUCACUGAACUCGACUUCGAUUUGGACUCCGAAAACAUCGGGCCUUUUUUGCAUGGUGUCUUCCGUAUGUUCGAUGUCUGCAUUUCAAGAUAGAGCACAAAUAUACUGAAAUCGAGAUGUCGAAGUGACGUAGGUAGGUUUUACAAUCAAUAAAGAAUGACCCGGAGUGGUGUGUUCUUAACGUGCCUGAAAGUGUGAGUAAGCCUUGCCAAGCAUUUUACACCUUAGUAAUAUGACCACGUGAAAUUCUAAUGGUCCCCGCGUAUAUCAGGUGCUCCGACUAGCAACCUUUAUCAACAGCAAUGGUGUUAUGACACUGGCCCAGAUUUAUUGCUCUUAUUUUGGUUUAUGUGUUUACUGCCCUGUUUAAGGCUUCUGUGUUUAUUAAGGUCUGUGACUAUUUCAAUCAAUAAUUAUAUGCGACUGGCCCCAUCACUGUACGUAACACAAUCUAGAUACCUGCUGAUUUCUUCAUCGCGUUUAUAACCUGAAGCCUGGUUGGCGAAUUUUGACCGACUUGAGGACCGUCGAGUUAUCCAGAUAUUUAAUCGCAGGGGUGUUCCGAUUGGACUCGGAUAUGUUUCUGAUUAUGGAUUUCGGGAGUUUUCAAACUGUAUCGAAUGAAUUAAGCCUGUAGAGUGCGUUUAUUGGGGCUGUAGGUCGAUUGACCUUGUGAGCCCGUUCUCGAGGCUUUCGUGAUUAGUGUCAUUUGGUGGGUGUUUGAUUGAGUUUGUUUCUUUCUAGCGUGACACUCAACCUGUUUUUCUGUUGUACUUUUGGCCACUUCACACAUGGUCAUGGGUUUACCAGGGAAUCAGGAGCUAGGUGUGAAAUAUUGCAAGUACGUACCUGAGCGAGGUAGUUCGACGAUUUUCGGCAACCCGAAAAAUUCAUUUCUCUAUUUGGUUUGGGUCUCUGUAGUCAGUCUCUACAGUCUUCUGAUUUUGACCACCUUUUUGACAAAUCAUCCAUAUGGCUAUCGUGUGAUCAUGGUCAUGGUGAAAAAAAUUUUGCACCGAAAACAAUCUUGAG